UGGUAGCCCGGCCCGCCCAGCGCGGCCUCCUCCGGGGCGGCCCCGGGCAGCUCCCGCCCCGCAGCGCUGGGGGUUCCGGAGGCCCCCCGACAGGACGGGGACGGGCGGAGCGGAGCAGGGUUCGGCAGCAGCGGGGCCGGCACAGCUGAAAGCGGGGUUCGGUGCCGGAGCGGCUUCUCGGCUUUGGGAACGGAACAACUGUAAACACAUCAUGGCAAUGCAAGCACAUAAACCUGACCUAGCACCUGGAUUUUCAAACAUUAACCAUGUACCAGGAUAUCAAGUCCCCUAUGGCUAUCCUCAGCAUGCACCUGGGACUUCCCAAGGUAGGUUGUUUGUCUACAGAUCUGUUAUACCAUUGGGAAAUAAGCACGGGAAAUAUGAGGUUUCAUUUCACCAGGGUGACCAUCUCUGAUUUACUUUUCUGCUGUUAAUUUUGUGGAGUUUCUGUUAAUUUCUGUUUGCUGAAAAGUCAUCUUUUCCUUCUUGGUGCUGAGCAGUACCAGCUGUGGUAGGAGUUAAAAAUGUUGGAUGUUCCCCAGUGGUUACUGUGUAGAGUUUGUUAGGGUGGUGUUACUGAUGCAAAGCGAUUAAUGUGUGGCAGCUUCUUGCUGAUGAUAAGAUUUUUUAAUUAAUAUGCUAUUUUAGUAUUUCACUUUACUUUUCUCUAGAAAUCCAGAACUGAAGAAAGAAUUGUUUUCCUCCCGCUAUUCUGCUAAUCUGUGUAUUUUGUGCCUGUUUCCUACCCUAUUGCUGUACUUUGCAUGUGGUUAUACCUUGCACUCAUUUGCUUUUCUCCUCUUCUAUUUCAGUUUCUGCUCCACAUUCAAAAUGCAGCACUUCUAAAUAGCUGCUCAUGUUCUGGCAACUAAUUGCUUUCUGAAGAACCAAGUCUAACAAUCAGACUCAAAGCAUAAGUUGUAGAUAAAAUGCAAAUAGUUUGGCCUGAGUUACUAUGCUGUUCGUAAGUUAAAGCUUGUGCAUGUUGUUGCAAGGCAAUCUGGGGUCUGGAAGUACAGUUAGCUUCAGCAGGGAACGAGCAUGUGCUGCCUGUGUGGUGAAGGUCAGGGGGGCAUUUUUUGUUUUGCAUAAUUGUAUGUGCAUACACUUACACAUGACAGCAGUAGCUAGUUUGUGCGCAAAACCUGUACUCAGACAUACAAGCAAUUUGUAUUCCAUAAGGGUGAAUCCUUCUCUAGAGUGGGGGGUCCUGCCACCUACGAAUUUUAAGCCACAGCUGUUUACAUCACCUGAGGUACUGUCCUGCUUACGGCCACAGUGUGAGCUUUCAUAUGUGACAGUCCAUGUAUUGGAAUGUAAUGUGAAACACUGGUGCUGAACGGAUUUGGGCUAAAAUCUACAAAUCUACAAAUUUACUCGAACUAUUUGUCUUUGGACAGCUCUACAAAAAUAUGCUUUAUGGCUUCUGCACUGUGCUUGCUUCUGAGUAGAAUAUAAAAUUCCUCUCAGAGUGAAAACCUACAGCCUACCGGAGAAUUAUUAGGUGAGGGGAAAAAAAAUAGUUCUUGUUCUGUAACUUUCAACAGCAACUUCAGCAGCUUCAGCUACAAAGGCUGUAUUGCUGCAAGCAAGGCUCUGCGCUCAGCCGAGGAUGUGGGCUAGGCUGUGAGCACCAAGGCAAUGCUGCAUGUGCCAUCUGGUGGGAUGCUGAGCAUUUACAUCCUGAAGUGCUUCAUGAGAGCUUGUGUUUUCUACUGAGUGCUAACUGGAGAAGAUUUACUUGGCAUUCACAAAAUGUGGAACUGUUUCCUCUUUUAGUAUGCACCUCCUCCAUCAAGGAGUUGUGGAUUUCCUGAGUUUUGAAAGAGAAUGGGAAAGUGCAGGUUUUAGAUCACACUCAUCUAAUUUGAAAAUUGCAGAUGAACUUUGCUAAAAGGACAUUUCCUAUCACAUAAGUGGAAGGCAUGAUUCCAGAAACACUUUGUCUUAAAAUUCCUCAUUUGCUCAACUGACAACUUGUAAAUGCCCAUAUUUUUCAUCUAAUUUAAGGUAUUCUGUCUUCUUUACUUACAAAUAACCUUCAUUUAUUUAUUUCUAAUUUUUGAUUUACCUAUCUUUAUGUGAAUAAAAUUUCUGCUAUAUUCAAGAAUGAUGCAUUUAUUUAUUUUGUUUGGUUUUGUCUGGAGGGAUUAGAACAUCCAUAUCCAGUGUAAAUUCUUUUCACAAAAGUAUUCCUAACUGAAAUAUAUUGUAGGUAUAAGGAUCUUCAUAGGUCAAAAUAGUGAAUAAAUUAAUCUUUUGAAGAUCCAUGGGGCAAUUCUUUUCUAACAUCUAACUUUAGUAACUGCAUCUCUCCUACCACACCAGGUAUCGCAGGUGCAGGGAGCUAUGGCUUUCAGGUACAGGCCAUGAGAAUCCCAGCUGAACUUACUGUUCCACCCAUCCAGAACCAGCCCAUUGUGAAGGAGGGGACAAUCUGGAUGCCCAUCCCUCCUCCUCUUCCCAACUGCCCUCCUGGACUAGAAUACCUCACACAGUUUUGACUGGCUUUGAAACAAACAACAAAUAUGAAAUCAAGAAUACGCUGGGGCAAAGGGUGUACUUUGCAGCAGAGAACACUGACUGCUGUACCAGGAAUUGUUGUGGGCCAUCACGACCCUUCACCAUGCAGAUUAUAGACAACCUGGGCCAUGAGGUGAUAACGCUGCAGAGACCCCUCCGAUGUUCUUCGUGCUGCUUUCCCUGCUGCUUACAGGAGAUGGAAGUUCAGGCACCUCCAGGAACACCAGUUGGUUAUGUUGUCCAGAACUGGCAUGCCUGUCUGCCAAAGUUUACCAUUCAAGAUGAGAAAAGAAUGGAUAUACUGAAAAUUACUGGCCCAUGUGUUGCCUGCAGCUGUUGUGAUGAUGUUAAUUUCAAGGUGAAAUCUGUGGAUGAGACUGCUACUGUUGGAAGGAUUUCUAAGCAGUGGACUGGAUUUUUGAAAGAAGCCUUUACAGAUGCAGAUAACUUUGGAAUCACAUUCCCAAUGGACCUUGAUGUAAAAAUGAAAGCUGUCAUGAUUGGUGCUUGCUUCCUUAUCGACUUUAUGUUUUUUGAGCAUGGUGGUGAUAACCAACAGCGAACAGGAGUUUGGCAAUGAAAACUUUUAUAUAGAAGAAGAACAUAAAUCCCAACUUUCCAGCGGAUUGCAGAGCUCCAGUAAGAGUGUGAGAAAUGUGUAUUUUGUGCUACCACAAGUUUAUAUUUCUAUAAACUAGAAGCUUUAUGUUUUGUUGCAGGUUUUUCUUUGUAGUAAAUAGUAGUAAAUAAUUUUGUAGUAAACAAUUUGUAGUAUUCAAAUAAGAACACUUUUUCUGUACUGAUCAAAACAAUAAUUUAUAGAAAUAUAUAGCAACAUUUUUUCCCAAGAAAUUUGGGAUUGUAAAAUAAGUACUUAUAGCUACUUUAAUUCAUAAAAAAAAAGAGGACUUCUAUAUUCAUUAUUAUUAUAAGCAGUGAGCCUAAUAAAGAGGUCCUGAUCUUUUUCUGUGUAUCCUUUUUUGGUAGUUUUGCCUUGGUGUUCACAUUCUGUUGUUUCCAACUUCUUAUCAAACAUAUACAUUCAAACCAAAGUAAGUUUGAACCAGAUGAUUCUUGAGGUCCCUUCCAACCUGUUAUUCUCUGAUUUUCUGAUUCUGUGAUCUAAGUGAACUAUCAAAAAUCACUGUAAAAUUGUAGAGUGAUGGUGACAAAUCUGCUGUCAAAUGACUCCUUCAGUGUAAGUUAGUUUCAUAAUUUAGGUUGUUUUGAAACUUAAGGCUUUGAUUUUCAUUAACAGAAGUUUAGAGGAAAUGUAAAAGAAACAGGAAUUCUCUUUCCUCUUCAUUUAGUCCAUGGAUUUCACAGAUUGUAAGUCUGUCUGUAAUUGUGAGAGUGCAAGAAUAAUAAACAGAAGAAUUCUA